GCUCCCGCCCGUCCAGCCGUCCUCGCAGCCGUCCUGCUCGCGAAAUACCUGGAAUGUCGUCCCUCCCCAGAUCUUUCAACCCUGCCUUUCUCGACGAUCAGCGCAAUGCGCGUCCUUCCUCGGCUCCCCCCGAUCCUGAAAGAGUCCUCCCCCACCCCGCUCCCUCUCUUGCGGCUCUCGACGACUCCCGCAUCCAUACCCCGCCCCACAGACCAAGCACGGAGAUCCCUAGUCGCGUGGACAUGGGAAUACCACCAGUGGGGGCACCCAUUGACCUGAUGCAUCAGCUGCAACGCACAGAGUCGUCUGUCGUGAAGACGCGGACCGGGAGCGUGCUCUCAAGAGGGUUUAUUUUGAAGACAGACUACUGGCCGUCAGGUCGUGCGCUCGACCUCGGUCUGACCGUGCACGGCGCCCCCAACUUUCGCGCACCUCGGAAUAGCAAUCUGAAUGUCUUCGGAGUCGCGCAACCUCGAACACAAGGUCUUCGCGGCAUCCUCUCCGUGCUUCGCUGUCGCCCUAACGUUGCCAAGCCCACACAUGUCAUAUGGUUCUCCACAAGGGAGGAGCCGGUAGUGUAUGUUUCUGGCCGCCCAUUCGUUCUCCGCGAUGCAUCAGAGCCACGCCGGACACUGAAACUGUCUGACCGCGCUGAGAACCUGGAAGCAAUCGAGCAGCGACUCAAGACCGACAUUCUCGUCGAAGCAAGCAAGUAUGGAGGCCUGAUUUUGACGCACAACGAAAUCGCUUCUGAUGCCGGCGAGGGUGCCAUCGUCCCGACUUGGACCGCGGUAGAUAGCGCGAACGUGCGCACGAUGCGUGAGCUCAUGGAUAACAUGCGCAAGGAUGGCUGGAACGUUGAGUACCACAGAAUCCCCAUCUCUCCGGAACGGCCUAUUGAGGACAACUACCUGGAUGCGUACCUCAGCGUCAUCAAAGAAACGGAUCCGGCCACAACUGCGCUCGUGUUCAACUGCGGCAUGGGUGCGGUGCGCACGACAUUCGCUAUGGUUGCGGCGUGUAUCAUACGCAGGAAGCAGCUCAUCACGCGCGGGAUGGAAGACCCGUAUGUCAAUAAGACUGCAGUGCCCAAGCCGAUGGCCGUUUCGUCAAUGGGUAGCCAGCCAUCAAGCAUGAGACUCCAGCAAGCUCUCGAACAGGCCAACGUGCAGCAAGACCUCAAUCGUUCGCUCCUCCGCAUCACGUCCAUCCUCCAACAAUGUCUGGAGACAAAGAACUCGCAGACGGCGAUCGAAAUUCUGCUCACGCAGCCAACUCUCUUCGAGAGCCUGCGCAAGGCGCACAUGGGCAACUACGGCAUCAUCCUGAGCCUGCUCGGAUGCCUCGACCACGGGCUCAAGUCGAAGAAGCUCAUCGAUCGCGUCAUCGACUCAUGCGACCAGGUGACGAACCUCCGCGAGGAUGUCUUCACGCACCGCGUGCGGUACUCGCUGACGACGACCAUGGACGAGACGCAGAGGGAGAACGUGCUUGUGAAGGCAGUGCGGUCGCUGGAGAAGUACUUCUUCAUUAUCGCAUUUGCGGAGUACGUCGAUGGCCAGAAUAACUCCUCUCAGAGCUUCUCGUCGUGGCUCAAGGCAAGAACAGAGAUUUGGAAUCAAGUCAUGUUCCUGAGGAAGUCGUAUGGCUCUCGUCUCAAUGUGUUCGCGCCGAUCAACGAUCUCUCGAACUUGUCCAAGACGGGUUCGCAGGAGCGCGCACUUGUUCCCGGACAGAAAAACGACGUUGCCAUCGCAGGUGGACAAAUACUGGGAGACGAAUAUUCAGACCAUGUCGUCAGGAAUCGUAGUGGUAUCAUCUUACGCGAGGAAACGCUCCUCAAGUCGGACCAAUGGUUCAGCGAGUCCCACAAGAUGGCAAACGGCGUCCGCGGCGCAAUCAAUUUCCGCAACAUCCCCAACACGAAGAUCUAUGCACUUGGGCAGCCGACCCUGGAGGCGAUCGACGAGGUCGUGAGCCGUGUGCGAAGCGCGCACCCGGAGGCGAACCGUAUUCUGUGGAUCACUCUCAGAGAGGAACCGAUCGUAUACAUUAACGGCGCGCCGUAUUGCUUGCGGCGGGAGAGGUUCACUUUGCGGAACAUGAAGGACUAUGGCGGCAUCUCAUCCUCGCGUCUGGAGGUGCUUGAGGAACGACUACGAGACGAUGUAAUCUCUGAGCUGCAUGCCUUCGGAGGUCGACUACUCCUGCACACCGAGACGCCCGACGGUUCUGUCAUUCCUGUAUGGGAGGAGGUGGAACCACAGAAUGUGUCAGUGCUCAAGGACAUAAUGGCUGCGCGGAGGCACAACGACGACAGCACGGAGCUCGCCUACGCACGUAUCCCGAUCACUGCUGAGCGGCCACCGGACUUCAGCGAUCUCAGUGAGUUGAUCGACGUGACGGUGCGCAACAGCGCGUCGAGGGCGCCUAUUGUCAUCAACUGUCAGCUAGGACGCGGGCGGAGCACAAUGUCGGCGGUCAUCAUUCUGUUGAUUCAACAGUGGUUGAACAAAGCGGCGGAACAGUACUCGUCUCAAUCUCCCCGCAAGCCGACUCGCUCACUGCCGUCAGCGGUAUCCAUCUUGCCAGUGGACGGUACUGUGGAUCAACAUCGACCGCGCCAGUCCUACCAAGUGAUCAACAAUCUUCUCCGUGUCGUGCGUAGGGGUCCCGCUGUGAAGAGCACAGUGGACGACGCGAUCGACCAAUGCGCUGAAGUGAUCAAUUUGCGGGACUCCAUCGAGGAUGCAAGAGCACGGGCGGAACAGGCGACGGACGAGCGGCAGCGGAGACAGUUCGCUCACAAAGGACUACAGAACCUACGACGGUACUUCGAGCUUAUGGUCUUCCAGUCAUAUUUGCAGUCCAUAGAGCCCGACACCAUGCAGAACUUCGAGAGCUUCGAGACUUUCGUUGAAAAUCGGCCCGUCAUCAAGACCUUCGAGAAGGAGCUGGCAUCCGACAACAUGAGCACACUGAAGCCACUCGAACGUGUCGACGCUGCCGAAGGCGUCGCACUGCCGGAUGAGGUACAGAGAAUCGUUGCCAACCGCUCGGGAAGUAUCCUGUCGGCGUCGACAAUCCUCAAGAGUGACUUCUUCUCAAACUUGCAGAAGAUGAGUCUUCCAGAACGCAUCGAAGGGGCCCCGAAUUUCCGAAGGGUGCCGCUCACGCUACGCCUUGUACCGUCGGGGUCAGCAUCGCCUUCCGACAAGACUGACUUUGCGGUGAAUACCUCAGCCGAUCACAGAUGGGUAUGCGGAUGCGGAAUGCCCACACUGCAAGGACUGCGGAAUGCACUUGUCCGUGUAGAUGCAGGUCCGGGAGGCAAUAACUCGGUUUACUGGACGUCGUUGCGCGAGGAACCAGUGAUUUAUGUGGCGGGCAGACCUCAUGUACUACGCCUCGUCGACAAGCCUUUGGAGAACGUCGAGGCUACGGGGGUCACUACAGUGAUGGUAGAAGCGAUGGAGGAGAACCUCAAGAGGGACGUCAUACGCGAGGUGCGAGCGGGUUGCGGACGCAUCCUACUUCACGAUGAGGUCGAGGAAAGGCCUGGCGUUUUCUCCAUCAUCCCAAUCUGGGAAGACGUAACCGAAGAGGAUAUCAUGACGCCACGAGAUGUCUAUAACAUGGUUGUGAGGGAAGGCUACAAGGUCAACUAUGAUCGUGUUGCAGUGACGGACGAGCAGGCUCCUCUUCCCGCUGCAUUGGCUCAACUCCUUGGACGAGUUCGUGCUGGACUCGAGGAUGGUGAAGCGGCCGACUCUAUAUUCAACUGUCAGAUGGGUCGUGGCCGUACCAGUACGGGCAUGGUCACGGCUUGCCUCAUCGCCACAACUACACGAUGGGUUCACGACCUUGAGGACGUGAUGCUAGAGUCUCCCGUCGAUGACGAGAACGGUGACCGCAUGGGGCAUUAUGAUUCCAUUGAUGGCCCUUCAGAAGAAGAGGCAUACUUGCAAGGGGAGUACAAGACAAUCCUACAACUUGUCAGCGUACUGUCCCACGGGAAGAUGGCGAAACGACUUACGGACCGCGCUAUCGACUUGAUGCAGGAUGUACAGAAUCUGCGGAAAGCCAUUUACGACUACAAGCUGAAAGUGAACGCCUGCGAGAAGGGUAGUAGCAAACAGCGCAAACUCAUGGAUAUCGGCAUCAACUACCUGUAUCGAUAUGGCACCUUGAUUGUAUUCGCCAACUAUCUCAUUGAGAUGAAGGAAGGAGGUGAAAGCAGGACCCAGGCGACUUUCCCUGACUGGCUCAAGGAAAGACGCGAGAUUACCAUGCUGUUGAGCCGUAGAUCACUGGACUGAUGCACUAUUCUGUAUCUUGCGGCCCUUUGAAUGGACAUCUUGCAUAUGCUUGUAGAGUACCAUCGAUAAUGCUGUAGCUUCAUACUCGUGUAGAGGUAGAAUGUAAUACUCAAGUUCCAUCCCAAUGUACGCUUCGAGUGGCAUCGAGCGCCUACCUAACUACCGCGAUCCACGCCCA